CCGCCCCUACCUGUGUCAGCCGAUCCGCCCGCGCCUAGCGGAUAAAAGCGGCCGAGUCUCCCGGAGGUCAGCGAGUUCGGCCCCCUGUCGCCCGCCGCCACGUCCAGCCCUGUCCAGCCAGCAUGUCCCUCCACUUCAGCUCCCAGGCCUUCAGCUCGCGCUCCGCCGCCUUCCCGGGGCGCGGCGCACAGGUGCGCCUGAGCUCCGUGCGCCCCGGCGGCUUCGGCAGCAGCAGCCUCUACGGCCUGGGCGCCUCGCGGCCGCGCGUGGCCGUGCGCUCCGCCUACCCGGGCCCGGGGGGCGCCGGCAUCCGCGAGGUCACCAUCAAUCAGAGCCUGCUGGCCCCGCUGCGGGUGGACAUCGACCCCUCCAUCCAGCAGGUGCGCCAAGAGGAGCACGAGCAGAUCAAGACCCUCAACAACAAGUUCGCCUCCUUCAUCGACAAGGUGCGGUUCCUGGAGCAGCAGAACAAGCUGCUGGAGACCAAGUGGGCGCUGCUGCAGGAGCAGAAGUCGGCCAAGGGCAGCUGCCUCCCGGGCAUCUUUGAGGCCCAGAUUGCUGGCCUGCGGAGGCAGCUCGAGGGGCUGCAGAUGGACGGGGGCCGCCUGGAGGUGGAGCUGCGGGGUGUGCAGGACCUGGUGGAAGACUUCAAGAAUAAGUAUGAAGAUGAAAUUAACCGUCGCACGGCUGCUGAGAAUGAGUUCGUGGUGCUGAAAAAGGACGUGGACGCCGCCUACAUGAACAAGGUGGAGUUGGAGGCCAAGGUGGAUGCCCUGAAUGACGAGAUCAAAUUCUCGAAGAUCCUCAAUGAGACGGAGUUGGCAGAGCUGCAGUCCCAGACCUCGGACACGUCCGUAGUCCUCUCCAUGGACAACAACCGCUCUCUGGACCUGGACAGCAUCAUCGCUGAGGUCAAGGCCCAGUACGAGGAGAUCGCCAACCGCAGCCGGGCCGAGGCCGAGGCCUGGUACCAGACCAAGUUUGAGACCCUCCAGGCCCAGGCUGGGAAGCACGGGGACGACCUCCGGAACACCCGGAACGAGAUUGCGGAGAUGAACCGGGCCAUCCAGAGGCUGCAGGCUGAGAUCGACAACAUCAAGAACCAGCGGGCCAAGUUGGAGGCUGCCAUUGCCGAGGCCGAGGAGCGUGGGGAGGUGGCGCUCAAGGACGCACGCGCCAAGCAGGGGGAGCUGGAGGCCGCCCUGCAGAAGGCCAAGCAGGACAUGGCCACGCAGCUCCGGAAGUACCAGGAGCUCAUGAACGUCAAGCUGGCCCUGGACAUCGAGAUCGCCACCUACCGCAAGCUGCUGGAGGGCGAGGAGAGCCGGUUGGCUGGAGAUGGAGUGGGAGCCGUGAACAUCUCUGUAGUGAAUUCCACUGGCGGCUCUGGUAGCGGGCUGGCCUUCGGGGGAACCAUGGGCAGCAAUGCCUUGAGCUUCUCGAGCAGCGGAGGGCCCGGGGUCCUCAAGGCCUAUUCCAUCAGGACCACAUCUGCUACCCGCAGGAGUGCCCGCACUGAGCCCUGGGCGUGAGGAGACCCAUACUCCCUCCCCUACAGGAAGACUCCCAUCCCUGGUCCCAAGACUGCAAGGCAGUCUGAAAAGUGAUGUCAGAAUAGCUUCCAAUAAAGCAGCCUCUUUGCAAGGCCUGGGUGAGCUCCAUGCCCGGCA